AUGCCGACCGACCGACGAAAAACCGAACGAGCGACCGCGAACACGAACGAACGAACCGAACGGAAACACCGAGACGAACGCGAACCGACGACGAAACGAACGAAAUCGACGGAACGACGAACCGACCGAACGCGAACGAACUACAAAGGGAAACCCGAACGGACCAAACCCCGGAACCGAACCCCGCCGAAGACCGCAACAAACCCCAAAACGAAAACCAAAAAGGAAAGAAAACCGACGAACCCAAAACGGAAAAAACAAAAACCGCGACCGGAAAAACCGAACGACCAAACCGAACCGAACGAACAAAAAAGGGACAACGAACCAACCGAAAACGACCGACGAACGAACCAAAAACGCACCGACGAAAACCGAACGAAAAAACCCGAACAACCAAAACCAGGGACCGCCAACCGAGCCGAACCCAAAAAAACGCAAAACGACCGAAAAACGACGAAAAAACCCGAAAACCGAAGGGAAGGGGAACGAAAACGAAAAACGAAACCGAACCGAGCGGAAACGAACGCGACGAACGCCGAAACGAAACGACCGGG